AUGAAAAGUCAAAAGUUGAAGAGAUGUAAAAGUUUAACCGAAAUUGAGGAAGAUCUUCGGGGAAACAGAAGCGAAACAUCGAGAAAAUCGUAAGAAAUUUUGAAAUUACCUGUUAGUUUAAAAAAUAUUUAUUGAUUUUUAGCAAUAAUUCUACUGCAAUAAGAAAGAAAAGUACCUCGAAAAAGUUAUAUAUGGGUCGAAGAAGUUUGGGAAUUCAUUUGAACACUGCAAAUACUGGAAGUAAAAUAAAGAGAAAGAAGAGCAAAACUGAAAUUGAUCGAGAAAUUUAUGAUGAUUUUUAUGGAAAUGAUGUUGACGAAGGAUAUGACGAUGAAAGUUGUUAUAAAUGUAUUCCAUCAAUUACAAGAGAAGAUAAUGAAAAUAGUGAAGGAAUAAAUGGAGGACCGGAAAAUGUGACAAAUUUGAAUUUGUCUUUGAAAAAAUUGGAUAUUCAUCAAAAAGGAUAUAGAAAUGCUUUAAAUCAACGAAUUGUGCAAUGUUUACAAAAAAGAAAAAGAUGUGAAAGUAACACAAACAAUUGUAGAUUGUCAAUUUGAGAAGAAAUCAAUAAGACAAUUGACAAUUGUUGGAAAUAAUAAUACAUUCAAAUAUGGUAAUAUUCUUUGGCUUGUUCUAAGAUCUCAUAAAUCGGCAAAUGCAAAUACUGAUUCGAAACAUAUUAUUGUUGAUAGAAAUGAAUGGUUAGCUGAAGAUCAAAAUAUUCGAAAUACUCGAAAUAAAUAUAUGCAUGUUUUGGAUCAAAUUAUUGGAUUUCGAUUCAACACUCAUUUUGUCGAAAAAACAUCGAAUAAAAUGAUAUUUUCGGAAGAAUAUUGUAAAGAACUUCGAAAAGCUAAAAUUGAAGUUGAGAAUAUUUUGGAGGAUUUCGAUUCUUUGGCCGAAUUAUUUCCAACAACUGCAGUUUUGAUGAAAUGGAUCGAAGAAAUUAAAAGUGCCAAAGAUAAGUUUGUUCUCGAUGUCAAAUUGACAAAUUUACGAGUUUGGUAUAAUACUUUGAUUGAUUUCGAGAAAACUAUUGAAAGUGUAAGUAAAUUGAUUAAUUGAAAAAAAAAAAGAAUAUAAAGUAUUUUUUCAGCUUGGAUCUCUUUUUUCAACUGAUUCAACAUCAAAUUGGUUCAAACCUCUCAAUGAGAAUAAUACAGUAUUCAGUUUAGAUGCAAUUCAAGAUGUAUUUCGAUCUUAUGUCAAAAAAACAAUUGAUUUGAAGGAAAUGAAAAAAGUUUUAGCAAGAAUUGAUAAUUUGACAAAUGUCACAAUUGCAAAAUCAUCAAUUUUACUUCAAAAACGACCAACAACUUAUGCAGCUGCUACUAAAAUUAGUAAUGUUGAACUUCAAAUCGAUGAUGUUUUAGUGAGUUCAAUCAAAAUGUUAAAUUUUCGAAAAUUAUUUUAUUAUAGAAAAAACGAUAUGCUGAAAUGAGUGAAUAUAAAUUUGGUGAUAAAAUUGCAACCGCUUUGAAUCUCCCAAAUUUAUCAACACUUUUCAAUUUUAUUUUGAUAAUUCCAAUGCAACUUGUUGUUUGUUGGUUGAAUAUUCGAACAAAUUCUGGAUUACAAGAUUAUUCUGUUUUGGAUGCUUUGACUUUUGAUGCAAUGAUAACUGAUACAAAAGAAUGUCUUGAUGAAGCAAUUAAAACAAAUCGAAAAUAUUUUGGAUUAUUGAACUCAAUUGGACCAAUUCCUGUUUUUAUGUAUCCGGAGGAUUAUGAAGUUUAUGUUCAUGAGGUGUUUCAAAAAUAUAUACAAUAUGUGAAAUCUUGGGCAAAUUGUAAAUCUGUUCAAGCAGAUCCAGUACAUUUAUUUGUUAAAUUGGAAGAAGAAUGGAGAUGUGGUUUGAAAUUUGCGAAAUCAACAAAACGAGGAAUGGAAAUAUUAUCAUGUGCAUGUUUGUGAGUUUUUUUUUAAAUUUUUAUCGAAUAUUUUUUUUUAUUAUGAAAAUUUUUUUGCAGCGAUAUUUUGAAUAAUUUGGUCGAAGAUUUUGUUGAAACCUAUACUGAAGAUGAACUCGAAAGACUCAAAAAUGAAUUUAUUGAAAAUCCGGAUGAUUCAGAUGAUAAUGAUAAUUUAGAAACAACUGAAAGUUUACAUAAUAAUUUCAAACAAAAUAUCAAUUUUCUGAUCAAAGAAGUAAAAGAAAGAGAACUUCGAAUAUUUUCAUUUAUUCGUUCUGUUUUGAAUGAUAUUUAUGAUUCGAAUGGAUAUUCUUUGAAUGAUUUUAUGAACAAAUGGCAAGAUAUUAUUGAAGAAAUCAAAGAAGAUUAUUAUUUAAUCGAAUUUAUAACUUAUUCUGAAUUCGAUUCAAUACCAAUUGCAAUAUUUGUUAAUAAUUCAAUUGCUUCAAAUAGCAAACAUUUGGAUGAAUGUAUUUUGAAUAUUUCAAAUAGUAUCAAAAUUGAUGAUGGUUGUGUUAUAAUUGUACCAGAUUCUGAUAAUUAUAUCAAAAAUUCAUGGAAAGAUCGGAGAGCGAGAAUUGAAAUUGAUCAAUCAACUUGUAUUCAUUUUUCGAAUUAUCUGAGAAACGAUGUUGUUUUAUUAUUUGGAUGUUAUAAUAAUUUAUCGAAAUCAAAUAUUUUUGAAAAUCUCAAAAUCGAUGCUCAAUUUUGUUAUUCAAAUGAUAUUGUUUCGUCGAGAAUUCGAGAAUUAUGUGAAAAUCGAUUAUUGACACAUUUGGAUAAACAACUCGAAAAGAUUAAAAGUCUUUUGAUGAAGUGUGCAGAUUUUGGAAAACAUUUUCAUUUUAAAUUGGAGCAACAAUUUUUGAUUGCUUUCCAGGUAUUUUUUUGAAGUUUUCCUGAAAACUUAAAUGCAUAGUUUUGUAUCGAUUCAACACAAGGUUUUCUGAAAACACUUCCCCUUCAAAUAUAACUUUCGAAAAUGCAAUUUUCAGAUUCAUCGUGAUGUUUCGAAAGUAAUUGGUGACACUUUUAUAAGUGAACUCGGUCAAACAAUGAUUCAAAGAGCUAUAAAUUUGAUGGAAAGUUAUUUGAAAUUUGUGGAUAUGUAAGUAUUCAGAUUCAGUUUUUUUUUAAAUUAACCUCAAAUAUUUUUAUAGUAAGAAUGCGAAACCUUCGAAACAUUUUCCAAUGUGGGCAUCACCUGCUUUUCUUUUUCUUCAAUAUUUUAGUGAACCUCGAUGGGUUUCAGAAAGUGUUAUGAAUUCGAAACAAUAUGAAAAAAUGGAAAAAUUUGUUGAUAUUUUGGAAAAUAAAAUAAUGGGAACAAAUGGAAAUGGAGAACUUAUACAAGUAUCAUAUCAAAGAAUGACAAGAUCAACAAGUUCAAAAUAUUCAACUAUUUCGAAUGAAAGUAAACGAGAAACUCAAAUGGAAAAAAUUGAACAAAUUGAGAAGAAACGAGAUGAUAAAUAUUUGAAAAAUAAACAAAUUGGAAGAGUUUUGGGAGAUGACAAAACUGGUUUUGAAAUUAUUGGAUUACGUGAUAAAACGAGAAAAGCACCAUUUCAAUGGAUAACAUUGCAAGAAAUUGGAGAUGGAAAAUUUGGAACUGUAUGUCGAGCAUUGGAUAUUGAUAAUCACAAAACUAUGGCUGUGAAAAUAAUUGAAAUUGGAAAAACAAAAGAUACUUCAGUUAUUGAAAGUGAAAUUAAUAUAUUUCGAAAUCUUCAUCAUGAAAAUCUUGUUCAAUAUUAUGAUUAUGAAAUUCGAGAAAAAGAAGUAUUUAUAUUCAUGGAAUUAUGUUCAUCAGGAACAUUGACAACUAUUUGUCACGGAAAUAUGAAUUUGGAUUUGGUUCGAAAAUUAACUCAUAGUUUAUUGAAAGCUGUCAGAUAUUUGCAUUUUACGAAGAAUGUUAUACAUCGAGAUAUAAAACCGGAUAAUAUAUUUCUUGAUAAUAAAACUGUUUUGAAACUUGGAGAUUUUGGAUGUUCGGCUAAACUUCAAAAUGAUUCAACAAUUUAUGGAGAAUUUCAAACAUUUGUUGGAACACAAAAUUAUAUGGUAAUUAUUUUGGAAAUAAACACGAAUAAAUUGAUUAUUUCAGGCACCAGAAAUAUUCACUUAUGGAAAUUCUGAUGAUGAUGGAAAUUAUGAAGGAUACGGUAGAAGUAUUGAUAUUUGGGCAGUUGGAUGUACUGUAAUUGAAAUGAUGACUGGAUCAAGACCAUGGAAAGAUUUAGAAGUUAUGAGAAUUAUGUGGCAGGUAAACUUUUUAUUCAGAAAUUUGAAAAAAAUACGAGACGGUAUUUUUGUAGAUAUGUCAAAUGAAACAACGACCAAAAUAUCCACAAAUUGCACAAGAAAGACAAGAUGUCAAAGAAUUUUUAGAUAUGUGUUUCUCUUUUGAUCCAAGAGAUCGAGCUGAUGCUAAACAAUUAUUGAAUACCACAUUUGCCAAUGUUAAUUUAGAUGUGAGUUUUUUGAGGGAUUCAAUUGAAAAAUUGGUUUUUAGUUUGGAAUUUUAUGCGAAUUUUCAAAAUCACAAAAUUCGGAGAAACAUAAAAAACUUAGUUGUUUCACAAGCAGGUUAUUCCAAAUUUUCCCUCAUUUUCGACAUAUUUUCCAAAAUUUUUUUUGAGUAUGAAAUUGGAAAUAAAUGGGACACUUUUCUGCCAAACUUUGAAAAAUAUAUUAGAACAUAAUAACGAUUUCAUGAGAAAACUGUUUUUCAUCUCCCAAGACAUUUAUUUGUUUGCAGAAUAUGCAAGAACUCGCUGAAAGUUCAAAUUACGAUUCUACACCAAGAAUAUCUUUGGAAGGAUCUACAAACUCUUUUCAAAAAUUGUAA